AUGACUGAAGCAGCAAAAAGGGAAGCUCUUUUGGCAGAACUACGUGUUAAACGUGGCUCCAUAAAGGGCCAGGUUUCUAAAUUCCGUGGCUACUUAAAAACAAUUACAGAGGAUGAAGUGCUAACCGGUGUUAAAUUCAACGAGCUGACCUUAAGAUUAAAUAAAGUUAUAGAGUUAUCCACGCGCCUUGACGAGCUGCAAACUUCGAUAGAAGUAGCUAACUCUGACAAUCUUGACAGUGAACUUUUAGAACGGGACACUAAUGAGACUCAUAUUAACACUGCUAUAGCUACAGCUCAGAAGAAACAAAGUGACAACAAGGGUCGGCCGUGCGUCGUGUGCCAUGGCGAUCACAGGGUGUACGACUGCCCAGUCUUUAGAAAAAUGUCAGUCGACGAGCGCUGGGCGCGGGCGUCCACCCUGAAGCUGUGCCAUGUCUGCCUCCGACCGGACCACGAGACCCGCGCUUGCAAGUUAAACGGCUGUCGCGUAUGUGCUGCAAAAACAAUGCCAACGAGCAAGCGCACCUUCCUAAUCCCAUCUAAACUUGGGUGGCUAGUAGCUGGCCCGGUAGAGGGAGCCACUACACAUGUAAAUUCGGUAACCACACGUAGCCAUCUUUGCUUAGCUGAUCUGUCGGCCCAAAUGACAAAGUUUUGGGAGACAGAGGAGCUGCCGUCAGAGGCGGACUCCAUCAAAAAUGGGAAAGCUGUUAGCGACCUGUCUAAAGAUGCAUUUGUGCUGGCACUCCGCAGAUUUAUCGCCAGGCGCGGCAGACCUGCGGAGCUGUUUUGUGAUAAUGGUAGAAACUUUGUAGCUGCAGCCAAAGAGAUAAAUGAUUUUUUUAAGUUAUAUGAAAACGAUAUAUCUGAUUUUGCAGCUGGUCAAGGUAUAAAAUUUAAAUUUGCGCCAGCUUAUGCUCCUAACUUUAAUGGCUACGCGGAGGCCGGCAUUAAAAGCGCCAAAUUUCACCUCAAACGAGUUUUGGGCAAUACACACCUUACCUUUGAGGAACUUUCGUCUCUUUUUAGCCAAGUGGAGGCAAUUUUGAACAGUAGGCCUCUCUGCCCACUCUCCUCCUCCCCUAAUGACUUUUACCCCCUUACUCCCGGGCACUUUCUCAUUUUUAGGCCGCUCACGUCGCUGCCGGCUCCGCCACUGCAAGACCGGAACCCGAACCGCCUGGACCGCUUCCUGAGGCUAGAACAGCUGCGGCAACACUUCUGGAAACGCUGGUCGACCGAGUUCGUGUCCCUACUGCAACAACGCUACAAGUGGCGCGAGAGGCAACGCGAUCUACAGCUCGGAGAGCUCGUACUCAUUAAGGAGGAAGGCUUGCCGCCUUUGCUAUGGCGCAUGGGCAGAGUCGUCAAACUAUAUAACGGAAAGGAUGGCGUGCCGCGCGUAGCUGACAUCAAUACCGCUAGAGGGAUAGUCAAGCGAGCACUCAACCGAAUAUGUCCGCUGCCUGUACAACAGAGAGAGUCCUGAAAGACCCUCGGCUUUCAGCGUCCCGGAGUAUGUUAG